CAUUGGGGUUCUCGAUGGGGGCCAAGCAGCCCCCUGUUUUGCAUAUUUUAAUCCACUCUAUAUUUGGAACGAGAAAAGGAACAAAUAUCUCUGUCCGUAACAGUUCCCCACCCCCUACCCCCUCGCCCUCCUGCUGGUCCCGCCGCAGCCGCCAGUCUUCCAUCUCCCGCCCCUCACUGCCACCCCCCACGGGGCAGGGGACGCUCCAGCUGGUCUGGGGCUGGCCAGGGUCCUGGUGGCCCACCUGGGGCCCCGGCUCGGCCUCUUCCCUCACUGAGCUGCGGUGCGCCCCGCCCACCCUUCAGGUGCUGCUCGGGGAGGCGCACGGGUCUUGUUCUACUGGGCGCCGGCGGGCCGGGGGCCUGGGAGGCCGUCGCCCUGGGGCUGGGGCUGGGCCCUGGCACUCACCCCCAGCCAUCUUCCUCACAGGGUCUUUCCCCGGCUGGGGGCGCUCCAGCCUCCUCCUCACGUUCUUGGGCAACUACAGCAGAGAAGCCUCCCUGCCUCCGCCUGAAGUCUCCUGUCCCCCGCGCUGUGUGUGUGCGGCCUGUGUGCCCAAGUGGAGCCUGGGUGCAGCAGAGCUCGUGGGAGCCCUGUGUUUGCCUGGUCGUGUGGGGCCCCAGGGGCUGUUCUGGACUUCGUGGGGCUAUGGACGAGGGGUCAGUUCUGCUUCACCCCUCCUUUUGUAUGGAGUUCCAUCCGGGGACUUUCACUCCCUGCUCCAGUCCUGAGGCCUCCUGACCCUGACGUUGUGAUACACCCCACAGAGAUCUAUGUUUCUUAUAUUAUUAUUAUUGAUAAUUAUUAUAAUAUUAUUAUGUAAUAAAUUUAUAAGAAAUGAA